CACCUUUUGAUUUCGUACGUUGUAUGCUCUCAAAUUUUAAUGCACUUUCCGCGGGAAAUUGGAAAGAGCAGACGACAAGUCAAACUUUGCAAAUUGAUAACAAAAAAAUGUCAGAAAUCGAUAUGUACAAUAGUGGUGAUGAAGCAGAAGAUGAAGAAGAAAACAUCGAAAUGACGGCCGCUGAAGUUUUAGAAAAGUUAGAAGAGGCAUGGCUGAACGAAAAGUUUUCACCUGAUCUUCUGGAGAGCAAGACAGAUUUAGUAGAAUGCAUGCUUGAACAAGUCCAUGCCAUGGAAGAAAAUCUCCGAUUAGCCAGAAAGGGUGAUCUCAAAAUUAGUCUUCAUCGCAUGGAGAUUGACAGAGUGCGAUUUGUCAUUAGCAGUUAUCUGCGUCUGAGGCUCAGUAAAAUAGAAAAAUUCACCAGCUAUUCAUUUGAAAAAGAAGAAAAGAGAGGUGAAAAUCAAGCACCACUUUUAUCAGAGGCAGAAGAAGAGUUUGCCAAAAGGUACCUGGAAAGCAUCAAGGGACACUUCAAUACUUUGGCACUGAGACACAUGCCGCCUAUUAUGCAGAGUAUGGAAAAAGAGCUGGCAGGUGUCAAGCCUAAUCUAGACAGCUAUGUGUUUCUACGAGUGAAUCAGAGCACACAAAACGUUCUCAUUGAUGAUGACAACAUUGACGCUGGGGAUGAAAUAAUCGACCUGGAGAAAGGAGAUCAGCACAUCCUGCGUUACAAGCCAGUAGCAUCCCUAGUCGCCUCGGGUGCUGUUUCUCUUAUCUGAUUUGGGAGGGAAAACACUUUUUUCCUCUCACCACACUCUCACUUCUUCUGUCUCCCUGACCCAUUUCCCCCUUCCUCUCGUUCUUUCUGUUAUUGCCUCCCAUGUGUGUGUGUGGAGAUAACAUUUUGUUUGAUGCGUGUAGUGUUAGAGUGGAUGCUUUAUCAGUUUCUGCACUGCACAGAAAUCUCGCAGCAGCGAUUACGAUAACGAUUCUGAAGAUAAGCUUGAUUUUUAAAAUAGAUUUCUGUGUAACAGCCAUAUUAAAAGUUAAUAAAUAUUAGUAAGUGAAAUGUCUGUUCGUUGUAAUGCUUGUGCUUGCGGGUGAAGAUAAGCUAACAGCCUUGCAGCAAAAAAAAC